GUAUAAUUUGGUACAGUUUCUGCUAAAAAACCAAAAAAGUGUAAAUUCGUUACGGCGCAUCACCUCAAGCAGCAACAGCUUCAGAAGAGGAGUCGAAUGUCAUCUCGGCUGAAUAAGUGUAAUAAAGAAGAUGCCACUGCAUAGGAUAAAAUAACUGGCAGAAGGAUAUUGGAUCUCCAUCCAGCUGAUGGAGAAAAUACAAGAGAAAAUGAAAUAAUUGCGACAAAGAACCCACCACUUACACAAUAUGAAAAGGAAAGAAAUAGCCAGUUGAAGAAAAAUGAUGAAAAGCUUGAGGAACUUGGAAUGAGGCCGCUAGUAAGUAGCCUAAAAAGUUUUGGUGUCAAGAAUAUCAAGGGAAAAACAAAUGCUGAUGAUCAGAGUCAUGAUAAGGAACAUGAUAAUGAUGAAGAGUACAAUCCGGAAGAAGAGAUUGACAUUCAGAGUGAUGAUACGUCGGAGAAAUUAAAAGUUGUUGAGAAAAAGAAGCUUGCCCAAGGUCCGAGGACUCGUUCACGAGCAAAUAUAAGUUCAACUUUGAAAGAUGCAAUUCGGAAGGAUACACUCAAGAAAGAUGCAACUAGGAAGGAACCAAAUAAAGCUCGAAAACAUAAGGAAAAUGAAGUUACAAGUUCCUACCGUCCACCAGCUUUAAAACCUACAUGCAGUAAAGUGCUUAAACAGGUGGAAAAUGGUGUUGCUACAGGUUCUGUAUUUGCUUACUUGGUAUUAAGAGAAUGCCAGAAAAAGGGUAUUGAAAUUACACCAGCACCAGAAAGUGCUCUUGAACUGAACUUGGAAAAGUCUACAGCUGAAGUAGAAAAAGAAGCAGUGUGGGAGCUCCUUGAUGAGUUCAAUCUUAAAAAGCUCGACCUUUCAUGGGUUAGUGAUGAAGCUGCCACACGAAUCAAUGAGCAGAAUGAGCCCCUCCAAGAGGAGACGGGCCGGAUGAAAUGGCAAAGGUUGUCCAAGGACCUUCGGGUCCCUCGGGAGUUGCCCGCCUUCCUUCAACCUCAUUCGGCGGAGGGCGGAUCAUCUGGUCAGCUUAGGGCUUCCAGGUUUUUCGAGCCUCCCUUAACCCGUCUGUCUACUUGUCUCAGGCCAAUGCUCAAUUCUAGGCUGCCCUCCAUCAGGCUAAAGCUUAGAAAAAAAAAAGCUGAGAGCCACAAGAAGGUUAAUGAAUCCAUGAAAGAAGGCAUGGAGGCCCAUCAAAUCAAGGACAGGGGGACGAGAUCGUGGCUAGAGAUCAAUCGUAGCUGGUUGAAGCUCGAAAGGUUAAGGAGACCAUCAUCGACAACUGGAUGGACUCUGAUGAAUUCAAGAGGCUGA